UGCACGCAGUAUUGUCCGAUCCGUGGAGGGAUUAAAUACACAUCUGCGGGACCAUGUUUUCUAGGAGCCUGAACGUGUGUCUGACCCUAUGUUUGUGGAUUACAGCGUUAAUGAGCCCGGGAAGUGUGUCUGCGAGGAAGCAGGACGACUCUUUCUUCACUGGCAGUAUUUACCGAGCAAGAUGCGCCUCGAGAUGCCUCAGUCUGCACAUCACUCGCAUCUCCGCUUUUUUCAAGCACUCCCAGAAUAACGGAUCCUUGGUUUGGUGCCAGAAUCACAAGCAGUGCUCCAAGUGCCUGGAGCCCUGCAAGGAAUCCUGGGACCUGAAGGAAAAUCAAUGCCAGGAUUUAUGCGAGCCGCUCUUUCCCAAGAAGCACUACGAGUGUCUGACGAGCUGUGAGUUCCUAAAGUCAGUAGAGGGAGGGAAACAAGGUGACUGUCCUGCCCCCGAGAAGGCCAGCGGUUUCGCAGCAGCCUGCGUGGAGAGCUGUGAGGAAGAUGGAGAGUGUUCAGCCGUGAAAAAGUGCUGCUCCAACGGCUGUGGUCACACCUGCCAGCUGCCGAAGAACCUCUACAAAGGAGUUCCUCUCAAGCCGAGGAAAGAGCUGGUGUUUUUGGAGCAGCCGUCAGGUCAGCUGGAGAUCCGCUGGUCCUCCAAGUUCAACAUUUCUGUGGAGCCCGUCCUCUAUGUGGUGCAGCGCCGCUGGAAUUAUGGCAUCCACCCCAGCGAGGACGAUGCCACCGAGUGGCAGACUAUUGCACAGACUGCAGAGGAGCGCGUCCAACUGGCCGACAUCAGAGCCAGCAGAUGGUACCAGUUCAGAGUUGCUGCAGUCAAUGUCCACGGGACCCGCGGCUUCACUGCACCCAGCAAACACUUCCGCUCCUCCAGAGAUCCGUCCGCCCCUCCCAGGCCAGCCAGUUUGCGCGUCGGCAACGUGACGGUGGGCGAGGACGGCCUGGUGACAGCCCGUCUGAACUGGACCCUGCCAGAGGAGCCCGAUAUUCCCAUACAUCACUACAAAGUGUUCUGGAGCUGGACUGUGCCCUCCAAGUCGAUAGUGCCAUCCAAGAAAAAGAGGAGAAAGACCACCAACGGGGCUCAGAGCUGGGUAGAUCUAGAGGGACUGCAGCAGAACAGCAGCUACACUGUAGAGCUGCAGGCCGUCACGUACUGGGGACAGGUGCGCCUGAAGGGCUCCAAGGCUUCCCUCCACUUCAGCACCUCCCAGAAUAAUGACUCAGUCAAAUCAGUGAUCAAGUCAAAGAAGGAGGAGAUAUCCCCUCUUGGUUCGACCUUGGCCAAACGCCCCUCUGGUCCUCUCGAGGUCGGUACGCCCUUCUACCAGGAUGGCCAGCUGCAGGUUCGUGUCUACUGGAAGAACCGGGGAGACCCCGCUGUAAGUCGCUACCAUGUCCAGUGGAUGCCGGAGUACUGCGCCCACAACGAGACCCGAGGACCAGAGAAAUCUGUCACACAGGAGAACUACAUCAACCUCCCGGGCCUGCUGUUCUCCUGCAAGUACAAAGUCACCGUUCACAUGUUGAAGUCCAAGAGACGCUCCAAGGACGAGAGCACCACCUUCCUCACACCGUCCUGUGCUACCAUCCGCAGCAAGACUCACAAACACAUCCCCUGCCCUGGGGAGGGAGCUCCAGGGCUUCCAAAGGUUUUGGCUAAGCCAGAGAACCUGACGGCCUCUUUUUCCAUCAUCGAGGGAAAUAUUACCGGCAACUUCUUGUGGCGUGUGUCCAGGGUGGCUCCCAAUCAGCGAAUCACAGGCUUCCAGGUCACCUGGGCCGAGAUCACCACUGAAAGCCGGCAAAACAGCCUGCCCAACAGCAUCAUCUCCCAGUCCCAGAUCCUGCCUCCUGAUCAUAACUUGCUUGUGGUGUCCAACCUGCGAGCAUCCACCUACUACAGACUGGAGGUGCAGGUCAUAACAACUGGGGGGGAAGGUCCUGCCACUGUCAAGACUUUCCAGACCCCCAACACAUUACCAGUCAUUCAACACCGACCCAGACUCCGGCACCCUCACCACCAGAAGCCAUCAGUAGAGAGGCACUGAGCUGCAGGCCGAGGAAAACCCAAUAGAGAGAAGCUCAGGUGGCUCUCUGCUCCUGUGCGUCGGGGAAGGAAUGUGUGGAACCAAACAGAAACACAGCGCACCAGACCAUGAACUGACCCCCCCUGCUUGUGAAAUAUGGGUCCAUCUUUUCCAGGCUCUACAACACAUCAGCUAUUCCUUCUGAAGCCCUCUCCCUCGACUGAUGCAUGUCAGCGGACGGGUUGGUCUGUACAGUGAAAUUCAUACAGCAAGGUCUCAUAUUCUGUGUUCUUCAGUAGGUAAUAGUUAAGACCCAAUAGUGAUCCAGCUGUAAUCGUACACAGCUGUAAAUUAUAUAAACAACAUUUCAAUACAAAAGGUUGAUAAAUAACAAGAAAUGAUGUCAUGGUUUGAAGAAACACAUACUUGAUUGAAGAUGGUUGAAGAUGAAUGGUAGGAAAUGCCCGAAACUGUAAAACAAUUGUUUAUUCAUGAAGAAAGAAAAGUAAAAAUUCAUCUAUUUAUUUUGUGUUACCCAUUAAAGAGGCGCUUAGGCAAACAGUCAGUACUGAUGGAUAAUGUAACUAAAGUCAUUGUUGUCUAACCCAGAAUAUUUCACAUAGUAUGUUGCAUGUAGUACAUUUGAUUUUUGAACUGUAAAUGAAUUACUUGCUUUAAAUUGAAAGCUUGUGAUGGUUUUGCAUGACAACCGUUAGCAUUCUGUUGGCAUGAAAUAAUGUCUGUGUUACCUCUUUUCACUAUCUUAGCAAUAUUUCAUUAACAGAUUAACAAAGAAUUAUAUUGGGAGUAAUACGUAAUGUUUAUUAAUGAAAUUAUAACUUGUGUGGAAAUGAUGAAUUGUACAUGUUCUUGGCUGUAGAAAUAUUUGUCGUGGAACAGUCAGUGAAUGUCUAUAUUUAUUUAUGUGUGUAUUACAAAGUUUGGUUUGGAUGUGUGUGAAUGUGAAUGUUUUGUGUGUUCUAGUCUCAAGUUUUUGAACCGGCAAAAAAAUCUUGUAAAGACAUUUUGUAAAAAUGGAAUUGUAAAUACAGUCUUAUGUUACAUGUUAUUUUUCCAUGGUAGAAACUGUACAAAAUCCUAAGUAAUAAAAUAAUCCUUAACCAGUUA